GCCGGAAGUUGACGUGCGGGACGCACGGGAGCGGGAGUCGCAAGAAGUAUAAUACAGACUGAUUUAGCAAUGACAAAUAAAAUCAUUUAGUGGUCCCGGCCAUCUUAUCUCUGCAUUUCCCUGCCACCCUCCCCAGAAAAGAGGCGCGACGAGCGAAGCGGCGACCUAGAUAUGAACGUGGAUGAUCAAGCGCCAAGCAUGCCGGAUGGCGGACCGCGGAUGGAGAGCUACGAGGAGUUCUGCUCACGGAGCCUGGCCAAGCUGCAGAUGGAAGCUGAGCAUCCGGCAUGCCGCCGCUCUGCUGGGCCACCGGUGGCGGCGCGCUCCAGCAUCCGGUUCCAUGGCAUGGCUGUGCUGUCGCCGUUGCUGAGUGUGCAGCAGCGCCUGGAGAUGAAGCAGCACCGGCAGAAGGCGCUGAAGCUGGAAUCCGAACGGCAGAGUCUGCGCAGGGCCGCGCUGCUGGCCCGCGUCCAGAGCAUCCUGGACAGCGUGAAGGUGCGGCAGACAGCAGGGGAACCACUGGCCCCUCCUGCCGGUUGCUCCCAGAACCCGGAUCCCCGGAAUGCUCUUGAUCCUCCUCCAGAGCCGAGAGGCCCUUCUAGGAACGGGUUGGGUAGCCGGACUGCAGGACCCGGUGCCGAGGAAGAGCUGCGAACGACGAAGGGCCCCGUACAGCUCAAUGGGGCAAAGGGAGGAAGAGGGGGGGGAGAGGAGGAGGAGGAGGACAGUGAAGGAGGACAGAGCUGGAGCCUGCAGGUCCUGCUGAGACACUCCAAAGAGCUCCUGGAGGAGGAGCAGGACCGCAAGCGGGCCCAAGCCAUCAACGGAUCCGCGCCCACAUCUGCAACAGCUGAAGAGGCUCCUCUUAAGGGAAACAAGCCAAGCACUGCUGGGACCCAGCCGAGCUUUAGCCCCUCCCACCGUCCAGUCAGCAGCACCCAGCCACAUCCCAGUUCUAGCUCCACCCAAACCCCCUUUAGCUCCGCCCAGUUCCAGCCCAGUGCUAACGCCACCAAGCUCCAGAACAGCCGUAGCCCCACCCAUAACCCUCUCGGCUCCCCCCAGCUUCAGUCCAGUCCUAGCUCCACCCACAGUCCUGUCAGCUCCACCCAGCCAAUGCAUAGCCCCACCCACAGAGCUCUUAGUCCUGUCCGGGUGCAGCCCAGCUCCUCCCCAGACAGCUUCCCAGACUCUCUGCUCGGCUGUAUGCCGCACAGCCUCACUGGCUCAUACGCCCAGCUGCCCUGCCCCGAGCCCAGCCUAAGCCCCCUCCCUCACCGUCGCCGGCCACGCCCCGUUUCUGCCGGAAACAUCCUCAUCUCCUGUCCUAUGAGCGCUGCAGAGCUCAGUCCCCAAAAGGCCCCAGAAGGGCAACCAUGGGCAGCCUGGGGACCAGGCGUUUCUGCCACCUACACAGACUGGAGCACAGCGGACCAGCCCUCCACUGUCGACUCUCUGCCGCCCUCCACAGGCAGUGGUUGGCCUUGCAGCCCCUCCUGCCUGAGUUCAGUCCACAGCGCGAAGAGCCCUCCCACAUCCAGCCCGUUAUUGCUAGACGGCAUCACGCCAGACUUCCGCAGACACUCGCAGACACUAGACAGUCAGCUGUGCCUCCCUCACCAGGCUGAGCAGAGCCAGCAGAGCGUGCUCCGUUUCCCUUGUAGACAGCCUCAGCUGGUCUCCAGCCGCCGCUCACCACCCGCACCUCUCAACCAGUCCUACGAUGUGGAGAGCCCAUCCCCCUUACUACAGCGCCCCCAUGUGGACACGGACCCCACUCCCAGAGAUUCCGGGACGAGUGCAGGACACCAGAGUGCUGUGGUCACACCGGAGGGGAGACAGGACCCCAGUGCAGGCAAAGUUCAGUGGCAGCUCCAGGCCCUGGAGGAGUUACAGUGGCGCCUGUGGGAGGAUCAUGCCCAACAGCUGUCUCUGCUUAGAGCUGAAAAAGAACGGGAGCAGCAGCGCCUCCAGCAGCUGGAGGAGGACAGGAGGCCAAAGGAGCAGAGUGGAAGGCUGGUCCAGGCUGAGGCCACCGGACACCAGCGGAAGGCUCUGAAUGACAGCUGCCCCCUGAGCCCCAUGCCCCUCCCAGACGGAUCCCCCGGGCUCAGCAGUCACAGCACGGGUUACUCCUCUUUCUUUAGCAGUUCUGAUAUGCCUUCGCUAGCUGUCCAGAGCCCUGCUUACCUGAGGGGGACUUCCUGGGGGGGCAGCAAGCCCAGAGGCAGGCACAGCGAGGUGAUGACCCCCGAGCAGCAGAGGGCGCUGUGUCGUGUGGGUGCCAUGGCUCGCGGGUUCCUCACACGCAGACUUCUGAACACGGCGAAGCUGAAGCACUUGCGGCAGACCGUGAAGGACACACAGGAGUUCAUCCGCUCCUUCCAGAAGGAAUCUCCUGCGAUGAGGAGCUCACUGUGCACCCAGGACUUCACGCUACAGGAGAGAGUCCAAGCUCAGCUGCGUGCUGCCCUGUUCGACGUCCACGACAUCUUCUUCGUGAUGCCCCUGAGAGACAGACUGGCACUCCUGCGACAGGACAGGGAUCUGAAGCGGGAGAAGAAGCUGCGAGAGAUGGAGAAAGCUAGGAGUUCCCAGGAUAAGGUGACACUGUCCACAGCCACCCAGAAGUCGAUGGAUCGGAAGAAGCAGAGGGUGAGUAACGCGGUGGGACAAUGCCGGAAGUCCCGGGACAAGCCAAAGAGUCCCAUGGCGAAGAGGUGCGGCGCUCUCUGCUCCGAAUCGACGUCCCGGGGAGGGACUCCCAGCCCGGUGCUCCGAAACCCGGCUCGGGUCUUGCAGCCGAACCAAGGCCAGAACGCCCCCCGUCCAGGGCAGCUGCCAAGACAUGGGAGCCUGUACAGGAGGAAGCCAGAGGAGCGGGUCAAGCGCUGUGACAGCCUGAGGAGGCAGCACUCGCUGGGGUAGCAGCCCCCCAUCUGUAAUCCCCGAAACUUCACCUGUGUGAUACGCCAGCAGAGUGUCCCUGUGCCAGUCACAGUGCUCUGUAAAGCCCCUCGCUCUGAAACUCUGCAGCCGAUCCUCAUUGUUGCUGUCUCUGUAACUCCAAACUUACCAUGUUUUACCCUGACAUUUCCAUGCUCUUCUCACACACGCACAGAUAACCUCUUGCCAAAAAAGUUACAAAACCUAUUUAAUUAUAUUCUGCCAGAUUAGUCUGUUUCCCAUGGGGUGUAAGGAGGUCCCACGGUCUGUUGCGUAAGCAGAACAUGGCACAUGGAGACAUGUUCGUGGAUCAUAGAAGAAAAUUCCAUGUCAUCUAACUGUCUCACUGCACAGGUGCCAUUCCCUGUGCCCUCCCCCCAUCUAACCGUCUCACUGCACAGGUACCAUUCCCUGUGCCCUCCCCUCAUCUAACUGUCUCACUGCACAGGUACCAUUCCCUGUGCCCUCCCCCCAUCUAACUGUCUCACUGCACAGGUACCAUUCCCUGUGCUCUCCCCCCAUCUAACUGUCUCACUGCACAGGUGCCAUUCUCUCAGCCCUACCCCAUAUAUCUGUCUCACUGCACAGGUACCAUUCCCUGUGCCCUCCCCCCAUCUAACUGUCUCACUGCACAGGUACCAUUCCCUGUGCCCUCCCCCCAUCUAACUGUCUCACUGCACAGGUGCCAUUCCCUGUGCCCUCCCCCCAUCUAACUGUCUCACUGCACAGGUGCCAUUCUCUGUGCCCUACCCCAUAUAUCUGUCUCACUGCACAGGUACCAUUCCCUGUGCCCUCCCCCCAUCUAACUGUCUCACUGCACAGGUGCCAUUCUCUCUGCCCUACCCCAUAUAUCUGUCUCACUGCACAGGUACCAUUCUCUGUGCCCUCCCCCCAUCUAACUGUCUCACUGCACAGGUGCCAUUCCCUGUGCCCUCCCCCCAUCUAACUGUCUCACUGCACAGGUACCAUUCCCUGUGCCCUCCCCCCGUCUAACUGUCUCACUGCACAGGUACCAUUCCCUGUGCCCUCCCCUCAUCUAACUGUCUCACUGCACAGGUGCCAUUCUCUGUGCCCUACCCUCAUCUAACUGUCUCACUGCACAGGUGCCAUUCUCUGUGCCCUACCCUCAUCUAACUGUCUCAUUGCACAGGUGCCAUUCUGUGUCGCCCCGUCCCCCAAAUGCUGUUUUAUUCUCCCUUUGCCUCUUAAACAGGGCUUCACUGUUUGACAGUGUAACUCCUCACUGCAGCAUCACUGCGUCCAUUCCCAUCAAGAUUGGUGCUCAAUCUCAGACACUUGAGCUCCUUGACCUUGUCACUAAGGUCCUGUUUAAAGUUCUGACUGACCUUUUUCGUUCUUAGUUUUGUAUCGUCCCUAAGGCUGAUUUGACCAUAAAGUGAGUGCCCUCAGUUUGGGAAAUGUCCAACUUUACACUUUUGAAGGAGUCUGUGCUUUGUGUUUUCGUGACAGACUGGCAGUGAUGUGGCAUGUAAACACCCACAGAUAUGUCGGGUCAGUGUGUUUUGGUAUUGGUCAGUGCCCACAGCCCCUGGUGCCCCAGCUCUCAUCCCAGCAACAUUUUGCGACUGGUUCUAAUGGAAUUGGGUAUUCAUUGUGUUUUUAUGGUUACAGUUCCUGAUUCAUUACACUGUGUUGUUUUUGUACUUUUACCAACAUUUUACAGUUAUGUCGUGUUAAUAAAUUUAACAGUAAAACUAAUUUAAACAUU